CAUAAGUAUUUUUAUGAAUUAGCCGCACAGGAAGUUGGCGCCUUUGAAGUUCGUUGAUUGACUGAUGGCUUAAGGAAGUCAGAAAAAUGCAAGAUAUCAAGAUUUGCAAAUGCUACACUUUAAAAGACUAAUCGAACUUAUAAAAAUAGGAGUAUAUCCAUUUAGAUUUUAGCUAAGUGAAAUAUAUCUAAAGCAGCCAAAGUUCAGCAACAUUUGAGCGGCGCCUUUAAAUAAAUCAGCCGUAAAGACAACCAAAAAGAGAAAGGGAGAGCGGAGAACGGAGAAGGGAGCAGCGGUAAUGGUCUUACAAAGAAUAGCCGUCUUUGUUAGUUAUCCAAUUGUUGUUGUUGUUAUUGUUGUUGUUGCAGCACCCACACACAACCAUGCACAAGCAGCUGGAGUGCAGCUAUUUUUAAUUAAAUGCAAAAUAAGCGCCAGCAACAUGCUGCCAACAACAUGGCGGGAGCUUAAUGUUGCUAUUGCAAAUGUUGCCAAGAUACAUGCUCAUGUUGCCGCUCUAUAGCUGAUGUUGCUGGCAUUCAGUUGGACACAAAACGCCGGCGCGUAAAGUUUGCCGUUGGAAACGAACGCGUCAAAAAUGUUGUUGCAUUCAAAAGUAUCGAAAUAAAAAUAACGAAAAAUAAGUAUAUUUAGGGAAUUGCGUGCAGUAUGAGUAAGAAAAUGUGGCACAAAAUAUUCAAAUCAAAGUCACAAAAGCAACAACAAUUGAAUAAAAUCAAUAAGCGUCACAGUCGCGACAUCUACGAGGAGUAUCAGCAAUUAAACGAGCUGCUCAAUGGUGAAAAAUCGCAAGCAUUGCGUUUUUGCAGUGAAAAUGAAAACGAAAAUGGAAACGGGAAUAGCGGCAACAUCAAUGUGUUCGAGCAGCAGCCGCAGCAAAGUUCUUUCAACUCGACGGCGGUCAGUGAGGCGCAACAGUUGCAGCAGCAGCAACAAUCGCAACAGCUGUCAACAUUUUCGCGCGUACGCAACACAUUCUCUCUGCGACGCAGCAGCAACAACAACAACAGCAACAACAGCAAAAAGCAAACACCCAAUGCCAAGUCAAGUGAGUCGGUUACGCCCACAACAACGCCUACGCCUACGCCUACGCCCACGCCCACGCCUACAAUUGUGGGCGCUGUUCAGCUGCAGCGUGUUUUGAUUAUUGUCAAUCAGAUCGAUAUGGCAGCAACAACUGUUGCUGCUGCAACAAUAACAACAACAACAACAACUAAUACCGCUACUAACUCCUCCGAUGCAGGUGAUGAUGAGUCCUUGCCACCACCGCCACCACCGCUCACCUCGGGCAUGAGCAUACCCGUGCCGGAGCAUGGAGGAGGAAGCACUGACCUAACACCUUGUCCCAACUGCAGUCGCACCUUUAAUCCAAAUGCUCUACGCAAGCAUGCGGUUGUCUGCGAGAAGAUGAUGGCCAAGAAGCGCAAGAUCUUCGACUCGUCACGUCAACGGCGAGAGGGCACCUCACUCUCCACCUAUGUGCUGCCCAAGAAUUUUGGACUGCCCAAUGCAGAGAAGGCAGCCGGAGUGCAUACACCACCGGCUGUUACCCGAGAGUCAUCCACAGUGGUGACCGGUGAGAUCGCUGCUGGUUCUCCUUUGCCGACCCGUCGCAAGCCUGAUCCGGAGAAGGCUCGCGCCACAGGUCGUGGCUCCUUGCGCAAGGGAGCAGCUGCUGCUGCUGCUGAGUGUCCAUCCGCAGCUGCACCACAAGCCGCACCACCACCACCAGCAGCAGCUGCCCCACCAUCUCGUUCCAAAACAAGGCGCUCCAUUAAGGAGCCUGCUACUGAACGCUGUCCACAUUGUGAGCGUAGCUUCAAUCCCAAGGCCUUCGAUCGUCAUGUCGAGUGGUGCAAGGAGAAGGCCAUUCAGGCCAACAUGAAGUCGGGCAACACAAACGAGACCAACAAGGCCAAGGAGCGCAUGGAGGCACGCAAACAGUACAGGCCGCCCAAUCUCAAGACUAAGCGCUCAUUAAACCGCGAUAAAUACUCCGGCUCCCACGAGGAACAGUACGAGGCUGAAAUGGUGGCCCAGAAGCAAGCUCAAAUGUCGCUCUCAGCGAUGACAUCGUCCGUGCACAGUGAAAACGGCAUCAGUCCACUAGCUAGCGACAAAUACGAUCCCUUUCUGUCCGCCAAGCGUCAGCUGGAGGAGCUCUGCUCACCCAACACGCCGCCAGACAACGAACCGUCCACAGUCACACCCACAUCCACCAUGUCGACUUCCUUGACGAGCACACUCGGCAAACCACAGACCACGACCACGACCACGACCCCGACAACAACAACUGCGUCCAAGUUGACACCCAUGUCGAACUUUCGACGCACUUCAUCAUUGCGUGGACCACGUCGCACGCCGCUACUGCCCAGUCGUCCGCUCUUUGCUACCAACUAUCGUCCGACCAUACAGCGUGGACUCUCCGACGAGGGUCCCAUCUCCACCAACUUCCUCAAGCCGGAGGAGUUCGAUGAGAUGCCCGUCCGUGCGGCGUGUGUCAAUGAUUUCCAUAGUCCGCGAGUUGUACGCCGGGAUACGAGCGCCUCCAAUCGUAAGCAGCAACUUAAAUUGCCGCUAGGUGGCGCCACUGAGGCAACAGAUGGCACAGCCAAGCAAGCGGCAAGAAACGUGGCCAAAACCGACUCAUUGGCCGUGUUCCUUAAGUACGAGCACGAACUGGAGCAGUUGAAUGCCAAGGCAGCGGAAGUGGCAGCCAAUAGCAAGGAACUGAACAGCAAGGAGCUCAAGGACAAAAGCAACAAUCUGAGCAAACAAAACUCAGCCAAGAAUCUAACAAUCAAUCCCAACAGUGGCCAGUUGCCGCCACUGACCACGCCCAUAUGUCCAACACCAACAGCAGCAACAACAGCAACAGCAACAACAACAGCAACAGCAACAACAUCAGCCAAGGAGCACAAUGGAAAUCAGACGCACAAUUUCUCAACGCCUUUGCGCCUGGAACCCAUCAGCAAACCAAUGACUCCACAGCUGAGCUGCGUCCAAACUCCAAGCGGUAACAACAACAUUAGUGGAGCACCCAUUAAGCUGGAGAGCAUCUUUGGGGUUAAUCGAUUGGGGGGCGAUUAUAUUGAUCCCAAAUUGAUAAAUCCCUGUGAUAAUCUGCAUGUGCAGCCAUCAUCAACGGGCUCAUCCUCCAAUGCCAGCUCCACGCCACAGCAAAUCCCGCAGAGUCGCAGCAGCUCCCAGUCCACCAUUACCAUGGCCCAGGAGCAGCGUCGUCAUUCCGGCGAUUCGCGUAAUCUGCUGAAAAGGAAAAUGCGCCUGGGACGCAAUCAAUUUCUGUACGAUGCCUCGCCCGAGGAGGAGGCAUACAUCUCCUCGGGCAGCUGUGCGGAUGAUGAGGGGAAUCGCUCGUCUCUGGAGUCCGAUGAGCAGUGCUGGCAACAGCAGCAGAAGCAGCUGCUCUCCAAUACACAUGCACAUCCAUUGGGCAUGGCAAAUGUAUUGCCACAGCUGCCGACAUUUGAUGAUUUUGAUUUCGAGGAAUUUCUCUCAUCAUUCGAGAAUGAGAAUGAUGAGGAGCAAUUUCCGCUGUUUCGCGAUUGUCGCGAGUUUCUGCUGAAUCGCACAACGAGCCGAAAUCGCUCGUUACAGAAAGCGACUUUGACUUUGACUUCGACACCACAACCACAACCACAGUCCCAGACACAACCACAGACGCCAACAGCCACACAAAGAGCUGUUGCUGCCACAAGUGGCAAGAGUUCGCAGCUUAUUAUGUCAGCCAGUAGUCAGUACUAUACGCCCACAACUAAAGAGAGUCACGCCCACAGAUCCGAUUCGAAUGUCUCAAGUAGUGGUGGCUCCUUCAAAUCGCCACCGAACAGCAGUGGCUCCUACAAAUCACCACCGACCAGCGCUGGCUCCUACAAGACGCCCAUGACCAGCAGCGAGGAGAAGAUGCAGCGCCAAUCAUCGAAUAUGGCAGCUCGCCAAAGAUCUGGCGAUGAUACACAGAAGCGUGAGAUCUUCAUCAGCAUUGACACGGAACCAAAUGCCCAGGGACGUUCGCCCAUUUCACCGGAUUCACUGCGUCACAUGGUGGGCAAUGCACAGACACAUGUCGAUGUGCUACAGAUUGACAAUGGCAAUGAGCCGGAGCAUGCCAGGUUCAGCAAGAUCAGCGACAGCGAGGAUCAUCUCGAUGCUGAGCUCGUCGAUGAGCCUAGCCGUGCUCAUUACAAGAGGCGGCUAAACUCAACGGCGAGCACAGCAGCGACAUUGCCAUUGCCAUUGCCCAAUGUGGAGGCCAACAAUGCCAAGAAUGUGAUUGAGAAAAUGCGCAGCGAAUUCAAGCAGUUGGGCGAGGAGGUUGGCGCCUCCAUGCGACGCGACAUGCUGCAGCGCAAGGAGCAGUUGAAGCAGCAUCAACAGGAACUGAAUGUCAACUCACCACUGACGCCAUCGCCCUCGGGUGAUUCCGACGAGCUAAGCAGCCUCGACGGUUACCCCAUGUCAUCCUCACAGUCGUCGCGACGCGGCGCAAGUUCCAAGCUCAGCUCGGAUUCGGCCUAUGGCAGUAGCAAUUCGCCAUAUAGCCUGUCACGUCAGCGUUCAGGAGAACAGCAACAUUCAAGCAGCGCUCAGCGCUCUCAGAAUCAAAUGCGUCCACACACCGCGAGUGGAGCCAUGUCCGACAAGCUGAGCAACAACAUGAUGGAUGCCUCGACGCAGGCGCAGGUUAAUUACGGCACACUGAAAGCUCGACAGCGAAUGUUUGCUGGCAGCUUCGGAGGUGGUGGUGGCGGCGGAGGCGGCGAUGGUCCUAGCGAAUGUUGUCCUGAAUACUCCAGUAGCUGCUCGGAGCACUCGAUGCCAGUGUCCGCCGCACAGCAGCAACAACAGCAACAGCAACAACAACACAAUUCAAAUUUUAAUUACCAACAGCAGAAAUCUCAAAUGCAGGCAGCCUACAAUAACAAUAAUAAUAACAACAACAGCUACGAACAUAAUGUCAAAAAUAUAAACAACCACCACAACAAUAACAACAACACUAUGACACCAACAACAUCACAGCACUCACUUGUGAGCAACACUUCGAAUGGAUCAUCUAACAUGAGUGCGAGUAUGAAAAUGUCCAAAUUCUGUCACGAAUGCGGCGGUAAAUUCAUCAUAGAGCACGCCAAGUUCUGCAUGGAAUGCGGCGUAAGACGCGUCGUUCUCUAAGAAUAUGUACUAAUAAUUCGUAGUAGUCCUACACAGACACAAACACACUCACACACACACACACAGUGGAACUAACCUGUUGGCCUGGCAGGAAUCGGUAGCGGAAAGAGUAGAAGGUCUUAUACCAAAUGUAGUUAUUACAUAUAAUUUGUGAAAGCAUUAAUAUAUAUGCAGAUAUAUACAUGCAUAUAUACUAUAUACGCAUAUAUAUUGACUGCUUAAAUAUAUUUUAAUAAUAAACAACAACAAAAAAAUGUUUGAAAUCAAACAACAAAAAAAUACAAUAAUUAAUUAUUAAUUAUAUAUAACAAGAAAUUUGGCAUUUUUUUUUCCAAUAUUUCAAUCUGUAAUUACGAAUAUCGUUUUCUCGUCCUUUAUUAAAGAAACAAACACUUUUAACCAAGUUGUUGAUUAACAAAGACUGAACAAAUUUAAAUGAAAAGCGUUGAAAGCACACAAAAAAUUAAGUUUUUAAUCGAAAUUAUUAAAAAAAAAACGUUUUCGAAAUCUAACGCAAUCACAACUUCAAUUUGUAUUUGUAUUUUUUAAACUGUUUACUAAUUUUAUAGACACUGCUUAGAUAUAAUAAUACUUAAUAUGAGCACAAUAUUUAGCUCGACUUUAUAAAGUUGGAAAUAAAUGGAUUUGCUUCACACAUUAACA